AUGGGACAAGGCGAUUCACGGCCUUUACAAGAGAUGGUUGACAAUAUUUCCGCUGAAGAAAUACAAAGGCUUUAUAAAAGAUUUAUGAAACUUGAUACAGAUAAAUCAGGUUCCAUAGAACGAGAAGAAUUUCUUUCUAUUCCACAAAUCGCCAAUAAUCCAUUAGCAUCAAGAAUGAUUGCUAUAUUUGAUGAAGAUGGAGGUGGAGAUGUAGAUUUCAAAGAGUUUAUUGCUGGAUUGAGUGCUUUCAGUUCAAAAGGAAACAAAGAUGAGAAAUUGCGUUUUGCCUUUAAGGUAUAUGAUAUGGAUAGAGAUGGAUUAAUUUCCAAUGGAGAAUUAUUUAUUGUAUUGAAGAUGAUGGUUGGCAAUAAUCUUAAAGAUAAUCAACUUCAACAAAUUGUCGAUAAAACAAUUAUGGAAGCUGAUAAGGAUAUGGAUGGAAAGAUUUCUUUUGAGGAAUUUUGUUCGAUAGUAGAGUCAACUGAUAUUGCAAAAAGUUUGACAUUGAAUGAAUUCUAG